AUGCACUACCACAGCACAGGGGAACUGCUUCUUUUAUUUGCGUCGCUUCUGAAAAUUGUCGCAGCACUUACCGUGACCGAGGACACGACCCUUACUGGGGACCAAACCUUUAGCGAGGCCGUAACCAUCGAGGACGGCGCCACCUUAACGCUGAAAGAAGGUUCUGUUUACAAGUUUGAGAACGACCUGAGCGUUCAUGGCGGUCUUGUCUUAGACAAUCGCAAUGUUGACGGCACUGUCUCUUUCAACAGGGAGAGUUCCCUAAACGUUACUGGGUCCUUCGAAUUGGCCGUUUCAAACGAUGUUGAUAUGUUCUUCACUAGCUUCUAUAACUCCGGAUCAAUUUACGUCAAAGGUUCCGCAGUGGUUCAGCCCGCCGUCACUUUCGAAGGUUUGGAAGUUUUUAUCAACGAUGGUACUAUCGACGCAGGGAGUCUUGACGAAGGACCUGCACAUUCAGCUAUUGCUUUUGGUGACGCUUUUGACCCAAAAAAAACACCAUUCAUCAACAAUGGGAAGGUGGUCGUAAGUGGGACAGAAAAAUUCAUCGAAGGCAACGUUGUUUACUUGCUUGCAGGGAACGCGGUUAAGUUUUUAUCGCCCCCGUCGGAGGGGACUGGAAGUGUGGAGGUGACCAACUCAUAUAUUGGUCUAAAUGCUAGAAACAAUCCCGGCGGCCCUGAAAUCCAGUUGAAGGACUCAGCACUAUACUUGCCCGCCAAUUUCUCCACAAGCAUCAGUGUUCUCGGACUCAAGGGUUCGAUAGUCGCGUUUUCUCUGACGCCCACCAGUUUACUCCCAGAUAUGAAGACGACUUUACAAGAUGGAAAGCUGCCAAUUGGGUUCCCAGAUGCCGUGGCUACUAUUGCUGACAUUGACGGAACUAUUGUUCCAUGCGGAAUAAAGCAGGACCUCUUCACUUUGCGGGCCACAGAAAGCAUUUACAAUACCAACCCAGGCAUAUCAUUCACAGACUCUUUUCCCUCCAUCCCAGACCCAGUCACCACAACGACCGUGGUGGGGGAGGGACACACAGUGACGCAGACAACCUCUUACUACACCGAAGCUGCCGGAGGAACAUGCGAGAUGAAAACCACUGUCUAUCCAACUGCCAGCACUCUGUCAACGAGAUACUCUGCUGCGCCCUCAGCUAAUUAG